CCCCGCUGGGCACCCAGCAAGGAGCAGGGGAGGGGAAGCCACCAUGAGGCCUGGCCGCCGAGUCAGGGUUGCCAAGUGCCAGCUGCUGGUUACCUGCCUCUUCGUCCUGCUGCUGGGCCUAUCUGUGGCCACCUCGGCGACCCUCACCUACUUUGGGGCUCACUGGACUGUCCUUCGCCAGGCGGCCUUGGGGAGGACUGCCUACGAGGAGACACACCGUUGGGCCUUUUGCUUGGUGACCGGCCUGGCCGUGCUGUUGACCAUGGGGGCCACGUUGAGUGCCGCAGGCACCAUGAGGGAGGCCCAGGGCCUCAUGGCCGGGGGAUUCCUGUGCUUUGCUGUGGCCUUCUGUGCGCUGGUGCAAGUCGCCUUCCAAAGCUACCACCGCCCGGACCAGGUGGAGGAGGUGGUGCUGGACGCUUUUGACCUGGUGUACGACCGAGCGCUGAGGAACGCGACAGGUUCCUGGUACUGGGAGCUGGUGGCCAUCCAGGACACGUUCCUGUGCUGUGGGAAGAGGUCACCAUUCCGUGUGCUGCGGUCCACAGAUGCCCAGCUGUGCCAUGGAGCCGGCACGCACACACAGGACUGCCUGGAGGGAAUCCGGACCUUCUUGCGGACCCACCAGAGGGCCGGCUUCAUCUCACUCGGCAUCGCCCUGGCCCUUAUGGUACCCAGGUUCUGCCCACUGAUGGGCACACACGUGGGCAGCCGGCAGUUCCCUAGAGCAGGGGAGGCCUGGCCCAUGGCCCAGGGGGAGACGUGGGACGCAGCCCAGCAGAAUCCAGGAGCUCCCCGGGGUGGUGGGUGGCCCACCCCUCGGCCCCCACCUUCCUGUCGGGCCACUCAAGCCGCGCCCCUCUCGCUAGGUGUAUGCGCUGCUGCUCUCCUCCUUUCUCUGGUUCGCCAUCCGCGCACGCCGCGGCCUGGACCGGCGAGGCAGAUACGUCCUGAGCCCAGCCUUGCCCAGCCGCAGCAGCAGGACCCCUGGGUUAAGGGGCCGCCCUAAGGUGAUGGGCAGGUCACACGCCCGGCCACGUCUGACCCAGCCCCCUGCCUGUCCCUAACCCUGCUUCACAGACCUGCUCCUCACCCCAAGGUGGGGAGAUGGGGUGCCCCUGGGGUCCCCAGAUUACAGCUCCUGGCCUGGAGGGCCAAGAGGCAGGCUGGCUCCCUUUGACCUUUGCCCUCUCACCUGUG